CAGCAGUGCAUGUCCUCGGCUCAGGUCACGUGCUCCUGUGUUGACUGAGGAGAAAUCAAAUCAGAGCUCUGCAGCCCGGAGGCUAACGGCUAACCGAGCUAACGGAGCUAACGGUCCGCAGCCGGAGGUUUAACCCAGAAAACCGCCGAAAUCCGAGUAUGAGCUAAACGACGGAGAGGCGGUGACGCUCGCAGGGUGAUCAGGUGUGUGUUAUAUCUGCAGCAGGAUGCCCAUCCCUCCCCCUCCUCCUCCACCAGGGGGACCCCCACCUCCCCCCACCUUCAGCCAGGCCAACACCAGCCCCCCGAAGCUCAGCAGGGACGAGGCCAAAGGUCGCGGCGCUCUGCUGUCUGACAUCUGUAAAGGCACCAAGCUGAGGAAGGUGGCGGUGGUGAACGACCGCAGCGCUCCGCUGCUCGACAGUAAGACUCAAACACCAAAGAGCCAAACACCCCCCACAGAGCACCCAUACAUUCGCUUAUACCAAUACCUACACCAGCAGCAGAGCCAGCCCAAACAGCAGGGGGCGCCGCCCGAGGAGCCGCACAGGACCGAGGACAGCCAGAAGCCCAAAGGAGGCGGAGCCGCAACAGCAGGAGCCAAUGGGAGCGGAGCAUCCAGCCCAUCAAGUUCUACUCCACCAAUCGGAGGCCUGUUCACAGGUGGAGUUCCCAAACUGAGGCCAGUCGGAGACGGCUCCUCUGGACGUUCUCCCUCCACUCGUGGCGCUGCACCUCGCCCUCCCAGCCAUCGUCAUGACGAUGCAGAGAGCCCCUCCCCUCAGGCGUCGUCGCCAAUGGAGACGAGUCGCUCCCAGCGCCCCUCCCUCCCCAACCUGUCCCCCUCCUCCCCCUCCUCUGCAGGCUCCUCCCCCUCCACCGGCAUGAAGCACUCCUCCUCCGCCCCCCCUCCGCCUCCACCCCUCUGUCGCCGUGGCAAUGCCCCCUCCCCUCCCUCCUCCUCCUCCUCCUACAACAGAGAGAAGCCCCUCCCCCCAACUCCCAACAACACCCCGCCCCUCCCCUCCAAACCUCCUCCGUCUCCUGGCAACAGCAGGCGCCCGCCCACCUCAGGAGGAAACCCUGCCUCCACCCCUUCCUCCUCCUCUCUGGCCCCACCCCCUCCGCCUUAUCGCAUCACUAACGGUCCAACCGUCGGCGGCGAGGCAGUGCCCGAACUGCCACAGCGCCACAACUCGCUCAGCAACAAGAGGACCGCCCCCUCACCUGGAGGCCACACCCCCACCAGAGGCCCUGCCCCUCCACCCCCACCUGCGUCACCCACCCCCUCCCAGCAGGGCGCCAACAGGCCACCGCCCCCUGUCAGAGAGCCGCCAGGUCGAGGAGCAGCUCCUCCUGUUCCGGUCCAGUCGUCGUCGAGGGCGGGUGGCAGAGAAGCUCCGCCUCCUCCCCCCUACAGGACACAUGGUAGCCCCUCCCUCUCCUCUGACCCCCCCACCAGAGGAAAGCCCCCUCCCCCUCCCACCCGCACCCCCGCCGCUCCUCCCCCGCCUCCCCCUCCCCUCCGCAACGGACACUCCUCUUCCUCCUCCUCCAUCCCUCGCUCCUUUGUUGAUGAUUUUGAGUCCAAGUAUUCGUUUCAUCCUCGGGACGACUUUCCUCCUCCAGACGAGUACAGACAUUUCACCAAGAUCUACCCCAGCAAGGCCAACAGAGUUUCCGUGAUGAGAGGAGCUCCUCCACUGCCACCUGUCGGCAGGUGAACAAGGAAGAGCGGCACACACCUGGAACACACACACACACACACACACACACACACACACACACACAUACUCUCUCUCACACACACACACACACACACACACACACUCACUAUCCCGUCAUCCUCGCCUUCUCCAUUGUCGCCUCAUCUGUACUCACAGCUGAUUGGCUGAAGAGAGGGGCAGACCAACCAAUCAGAGAGAGACGGGCGAAUUGAAGGACCAGGGAGCAGGAAGUGGCUUCAGAGACGAAACAGGAAGUGAAGAUCCUGGUCUGUCGCCUGCUGGUUACACUGUUUAGUUUGCACCUGCACUUUUUGUUUUUACACGUGAAGCCGCUGCAGAGGAACGACACGUAUGUUCAGCCUGAACACGUGAAGAGUUUGUUCUCUUCAGAGAAAACCAGUUUGAACCGACAGUCGCUGAAUCUGAACAUUUAAAGCAGCAGUUCAAUGUUUUGAGACACUUGGAGCUUAAAUCAAUCAAUAGAUGUAGAUCAGCUGUUCUGAUUAUCGAUUAAAGUUGUUUCACAUCCAGACCUGACAGAAGAAAUGAUGACAUCAUCAAUUAAUACAACAAAAAGUUAAAUUUGCUUCACAGGAUGUGGAGCUGCUCCUGUAAUGAUCAGAACUCGGAGGUCCUGAUAAGCCGCAGCGACCCAGAACUGGACCUGGACCUGGACCUGGGCCUGGGCCUGUGCCUGGACCUGGGCCUGUGCCUGGAUGUUACGGGUCCAUAAACUGAAAUUCUUGUGGUGUCGUGUUUAAGUCUGGGAUGAAAACACUGUAAAUACUCACCUGCUUCUUCAUCAACAUUACUAAACACACCUGUCCUGGUGAUGUCAUCACCUGUCCUGGUGAUGUCAUCAGUGUGACCUCCAGCAGACAGACGUCAGGUUCUGAGCAGGUCAGGUCUUAAUGUGCCAACACAGACUGAAGUGAGCCCCAGAAACUCACCUGAGAUCACCUGAGGUCAGCUGACUCCUCCUCCUUCAGCGGAUCGUACCAUGCUGGUGAACUGUAGGGGUGGGUGAUGGAACAAACCAUCCAACUGAAAGUCUUCCUGCAGCGACGACAAACUGAACUUAGUGUCGACUUUAUUUCUGCGUUUUGUCUGUGUGUGUCUGUGGAUGUGUGUGUGUCUGUCUGUGUGUGUGUCUGUGGAUGUGUGUGUGUGUGUGUUCUCUACAUGCAGUGUUAAGUAAUUUCCCAUGAUUCUUGACUGUUUAGGCAGAAAAGCAGCAGCAGAAGUUUCAGAAGUAAAUCAGAAUCUUUUCUGAUCAACGCUUUGAUUACAUCAGAAAAUCAUCAGAUUCAUCAAUAAUUUAAAGUCUUUUUCAUUCUCAGACUUUCAGAAGAACAAGUUUAAUUUAUUGAGAAUAAAAUCUUGAUGUUGAGAGUUAAAAGUCACCUUUCUUAAAACUACUGUUAAUUUAUGGUCAAAAUUAAAAAAAAAAAAAAAAAAAAAACAGCAACAUUCAAAUACAAAUGAAGAGAAAAAAGUGAGAAAACUAAAGUUCAUUUGAUUUUGUCAGGAUUAAUUUAAAACGUUAUGAUGGUUAAAUUCUACAGUAAAACCUCAUGAAGUCACAUUAAAGCCACAAAAGAAUCGUUUUAACAUGUUUGUUGUAAUAGCCAUAGAAUUUUAAUUGACAAUAUCACAGAAUUCAAAUAUUAACAAGUAAAAGUGUUUUUCAUGAGUAAAACAAUAAUUAAUAUUACAAGAAAAAUCUUUUUAUUUCUAAAGCAUACAAAAGUAAAUUGUUGAUUUUAGGUACAAAAUGAUAAUUUGAGUACAUUUUUCAUGUUUAUGUCAUAAUUUUACAAAUAACAAAAUCACAACUAAAUAUCACAAUAAUUCUACUAACAAACAAGUCACAAUAUUAAGAGUAAAAAGAUAAAAAUGUGAUAAAAGUGUUGACAAAAGUUGUAAAACAAAUUCAGAAUGUUCAGUUUUUCUCCUAAAAGUAAACCAAUAUUCCAAUAAUGUGAUUUUUUUUUUUUUGGGUUAAAUGUAAGACUUUUAUUGUGACAUUUGCUUUUUUGGCAAAUACUUGUAACUUUGGUUUUACAAUAAUAUUACUCAUCAGACAUUUAAACGUCCUAAAUGAAGAUAUUUCUGUGUAAUAUUUAAUUUUUUUAUUCACAUUUCCCUCAACAUUGACUUUAUCUGAAGUUAUUUUAGAUUUUAUUCUUUUAAUGUUGUGACUUUUUUGUUUAAAUAUUUUUGGAACAUUUAAUUUAGUUGAUUUUAAACUUUACUCAUUAUUUUCAUCAUAAUUUUGCUUUUUUGGGUUUAAAUAUAGACUUUAAUAAUAUUUCAUACUUUCUGUGUAAAAAUUGAGACAUUAUUGAUCUCACAGUGACUUUUCCCUCAACAUUAACUUUCUGACAUAAUUUGAGCUUAUUUCUGUUUGACUUUUUCCUUGAAAUUAAUAUGACCAAACAUCUAAGUGUUUUAAAUUAAGACUUUUUAGUCAUUAAUAAUCUUUAUUCUCAGUGAGUUUCGUCAAAUUAAAACUUAGAUAACAUUUACUUGUUUGUAAAAAAUAUCAUCACUUUAUUCUCAUGAUGUGAAUUUUUUUUAUAACAUUUAGUUUUUUAAAUCAAAACAUGUCUCUUUCUGUUUAUUUCCAUUGGUAAUCAUUUCAGUUCUGCUCUCACUUUCUUGUUGCCUUCUUUUUUGAAAUGAGGACAGUUGUCUGUAAAUUUGACUCUUUUUUCAGAUUAUUUUGACUUUUCCCAUCUCAUCUGUUCGUCUUUUUGUCUCUCAGCUGAUAAAACGAACAUUUUCUCUCAGUGCUGCUUCUUCUUUUUCUCUGCAUGUACGACUGAACUCAUGAUUUUCAUUUAGACAUUUACAUCAUGUGAUCGAGCACUUUUCUCAAGUUUUACUGAUAAAAAUGAUUCCAGGUUUGAAGAAAAAAAAUGUCUGUUUGAGGAUUUCUGUCAUUUUCCUGCUCAGCUGAAACGGACUGUUUAAUGUGGUUUAUUCUCUGGUGUGGAUUUUCUUCUUCUGCUUCUUCUUCUUCUUUUGAACUGUUUUUCUUCUUUGGAUCUGCAGCUUCAGUUGCAGUUACAGAUGCAUCAUGUCUGAAGUGCAGCUUCCUCCUUGUUUAUUUCUGGAUUUCCCACCAGACUUUAAAAUCAGUUUUAUGUUGUGAAGCUCCUGAACAGACAACAGGAACGUUUUAGCUUUUUGCCAUCAGACUCCAUUUAAAAAUGUUCUAAUUUUGCAUUGUGUCGCUGAGGAGCAUUUGUACUUAAAAACCAGCCGUGGCUCUUGUUGCACCUGUGCAGGUGAUGCAUCUUUACCUGCAGCGUUAAACGCCCUUUCCCCCAACGCCUCGUCUGUUUGCCUUACAAACUGUUUGCUGUAAAUCUGUCAGUUAGAGUCUGUACAAAGCUACUAAAACACUGGGAAACGUGUUGCUGGCUGUCUAAGGUGACUUAUGUGCUGCAGCGACUGCAGUGAUGAAUGCGUCCUGCAGCUUCUCUGCAGCUGCGACUGAUGCUGAGGUUCAGUCCCAGUCUAACAGCAUGCUCUGAAAUAAACUCAUCAGUUACUGUCA